AUGUCGGAACAAUUCCCCAUCCAGCCUAUUGGGCGUUUCUAUGCCGCAAGCCAGCCGGUCAAACGACCAAAGGAGUUCGCUUGCUUCUCAUAUGACGACAACCAUGAGUUCCAUCUAGGCGACUCUUCAUUGAGAUACUACUACCCACCUACCCUCGGCGCCGACUUAUCCAAAGGCUAUGAUACCUUUAUCAAGCACGACGACUCUCAGCCCGAGCACCUAACAGCUCUUCUCAAGACUAUCAAGGCUCACGAGGAGGAGACGGGUCAAAAGAUUGACGCCCAAAUCAUCAUGGCAUCGCCCUUUGAGGAUCGUGAUGGCUUUGAGAUGAACGCAACGCUGUACCAAGACUGCAUUUACAUUGAAGAGAAUCACGAGUACAAAGUGGCGUCUCAGAAGCAGCAAAACGCACAGCAGAGACGGGGACCGAUCCCGCCCGAAGUGAUGCAGUUCUGGGGAUACAAGUUCGAGACGUUGGCCACGCUCCCCAACACCUGGGGCGAAACGCCCAGAGAAUAUAUCGAGAACAGAGACGUCGAGGUGGUGAACAACAAGGCCCAAUACUGCUCCGUAGUCAGGACUGGUAUAGGACAAACCGUAAUCUGCAUAGGCGGCGAAGUCGACGCCGUCUGGGACUCGAAGCCCCAAAAGCAGGGCGCCCCCACAAACUGGGUCGAGCUCAAGACCAGCCUCGCCAUCCGCGACGACCGCGACGUCGACAACUUCCACCGCAAGCUCAUGAAGUUCUGGAUCCAGUCCUUCCUCCUCGGCGUCCCCAAAAUAAUCGUCGGCUUCCGCAACCGCCACGGCAUCCUCACCGACGUCGAGGAGAUUGAGACUGAAAAGAUACCCGAUACCGUCCUGCGCCGCGGGAAAGCGACGUGGAAUGGCGACAUGUGCGUCAACUUCGCCGCCGAGUUUCUCGUUUGGCUUCGGCAGACGAUCAACGAUGACGGCGUGUGGAGGAUACGCAGGCGGGCGGGCGAGCCCACCAUUGAAGUCUUCAAAGUCGACGAGGCCGGGCACGGGGAGCUCUUGACGGACGACUUCAUCAACUGGAGAAUAAAGCUCUCCAUGAAGAAUGUCCCAUUGGCGGAGGAGCCAUAG